CACAAGUGUCAUUUUGUCUGCAUGGCCACCGGGGUCGUAAAAUGUUUUGCCGGUCUGCGUUCAAGACCUCAUUGUUUCUGCAGCCCUGCGUGGAGGUUAUUUUCAGCUGACCACCGCUGGCUCCAGUCUGUGAGGGAAACACACAACAGUUUCUCACACUCAGCCACAGGGUCCAAGAUGAUAAAGAAGAUACUUGUUGAUGUAGACUGUGGGGUGGACGAUGCUCAGGCCAUCAUGUUGGCACUGGCUGCCCCCAACGUGAAGCUCCUGGGCAUCACCUGCGUUCAUGGAAACACCACAGUGGAGAAUGUGUGCAAGAACACGCUGAGGAUCCUGAAAGCCUGCAAAAAGCUUGAGGUUCCGGUGUUUAAAGGUGCAGCUAGGUCUAUCCUCGGGGACAGGAUCAACGCGGGACACUUGCACGGGCAGGACGGCCUGGGGGACGUUCCCGACCCCGACGCUCCCGGUCUGGAGCUGGUUCAGAAGGAGCACGCCGUCUCCGCUAUGAUCCGGAUCGUUAACGAGAACCCGGGAGAGGUGUCCCUGGUCGCCACGGCACCGCUCACCAACCUGGCUCUGGCUGUGAGGAUGGACCCGUCUCUGCCUAGCAAACUGCGAGGGCUCUACAUCAUGGGAGGCAACACUGAAUCGCGAGGAAACACCACAGUGUGCGGCGAGUUCAAUUUCACCGCUGAUCCAGAAGCUGCGUACAUUGUGCUGAAUGACUACCAGUGUCCUACCUACUUGUCCUGCUGGGAGUUUACCUGCUACCACACACUGCCCUGGGAGUUCUGCGGCGAAUGGUUAGCGCAGGACUCCGACAAAGCUCGCUUCAUGGCGCGGAUCUUUCGCUACACCAUGGAGGCGGCGCAGACCGAACGCAUUCAGAAGGAGUUCGCCAACGGGCCGGGCUUCACGUCCUGCGACUCGUACGCCAUGGCGGCCGCUGUAGACGACUCGUUCGUCACGGAGAGUGACCAUUAUCCGGUUACCGUGGAGCUGACGGGCACACACACCAGGGGGAUGAUGGUGGUGAGCCAUGCGAGUUUCCUGGAGAAGAAUCACAAGGCAUUCAUCGUGAAGAAGGUGGAUAUGGAGAAGUUCAAGAAGAUGAUGAUGGACGCUUUAAAAUAAUGGCUCUGACAGAGGAGUUCUCAUUCGCUGUUGGAUUUUUUUAUGUCAUACUGGCUGUGAAAGAACAAUGGUGCUAAGACUCACAGAUUGUCUCUAUUUGUAUUUUUAGUGAUUGUAAUAUAUAGGAAAAACUAAAACAGACUGUAGCAAUUUAAACUUGCUACUGCAUACAUAGUAUGCUUCAUUAAAAUAAUGCGUCUAAUUAAAAUUGUAAUAGAAA